GUCUCUGCGUGGCGUGCCUGACAACUCCCGGAACAUGCCCUUCUCUCACAAUGCUCAUUUCUUGAAACAUUACUUUCUUAUGCACCGGCCAGUCUUCCCCUCCUACAACAUUCUCUCCCACGUAUUUUCUCGCUCAUCGUCGCAUCCACUUAGUCUGUACAUGAUUCCCUUUCGAUAGUCCUUAUUCAACAACACCGCCGCCAUGCCACCCUUUCGCAUGCCCUUCACAUCCCGGCGUCCCGUCACGAACGAGCCAACCUCGGACGAAAAUGCACGGCCGACGUCUAUGGAUGGGUUGAUUUCUAGUCCGUAUAGAGAUAAGCCUUCACUGGCACUGGGAUUGAAAGAAAAGCGAGCAGAACCCAACGAGUUCAAGUUGAGUUCCGUUAACGAUAGUGGUGAAUACCUCCCGCCUUCACCCACUGAGAAAGAAUCCUUCUGGUCGAAAGCCAAGUCGCCCACCUCUACCAUCUCCAACCACCGACAGUGCUUCAACGACAAUGAGCCAUUCUCGAUCUCUCGAGAGUCCUUCGAGUCUUACAGAAGAUCAUUCGACAUUUCUGGGCGGUCUCCCAUCUUACAAGCCGACAGUUUUACAUCUCGAUCGUCGCUAGAUUCUCGAGCACCCACCCGAUAUCCUACGAGGUCUACAUUUAGCAGCAGCACUUUUGAGGCGCCUACGAAAGAGGAAGAAGACUUUGAAGAUGUCAAGUUAACCGAAGACAACAAGCCACAACAACCCAAGAAGAAAAGUUUCUUGUCUCGAUUUGGGGACUCGAAUGGGGAGAAUGUGCCUUCGAAGGAGGAUGGCAAGCACCAUUUCCAUAUAAUUCCAGGACGGAAGCGAGGUCAAAGUGGUACGGGUAGCGAACUCAAAGAUAUCCCUCGACCACAAAGCAACGGAAAGGCGGAGGUGACGGUACGAUAGAAGGGGGAGGCAGGUUGACGACUAUCAUUCUACGCCAUGCAUUAUGAAGAGACUUAUAUUGAACGGACGGACAGACCGACGUGGAGUUUUAUUUUGGGGUUCAAGAACAAGGUAUCAAUACGAUACAGUUGUCUUUUGUUUUUGUUUGGCAAUUGGACACCAGAGCAUUCGGAAUGAGAUACAGGACCUACGUACGUUACGUCAAGAUACUCAACCCAUUACCAUGUUGAGAAUGGACAGGAGGAACUGGUCACAUUACCUCAAGAGACACUCUGCUAUGACAGAGAAGAAGGAGUGGUUUUUAUGUGUGACCGAGAACGAGUACUCCGUAAGGGACUAAUGAAUAAUGUGGUGCAGUACCUUUUUGUUUGUCCAGUAUAUUGGGGCAUCGUCUCUAUUACCGGCCAUGUCCAGCAUCGUCAACCUCCUUUUCCAGUCUCUCGUACGCCUCGUGUACAAUACGCACAAUCUCCCUCAGCUCGUCCUCCGUCACGUUGUACGGCGGCGAUAUGAUGGCGUGGUCUCCCUUUGUGCCAUCCACGGUCCCACUACCAGGGUAGACUGCCACUCCCAACUCGAAAGCCAUCUGUUGAAAUCUUGGGCCGAACGCGACACCGGGCGGGAACGGAUCCCUCGUGGUCUUGUCCCUGACGAACUCGAUGCCCCAGAACAGGCCACGCCCUCUGAUGUCGCCGACGUACUUUCGGGGCCCGAGCGUGUCGCCCAACAGGGACCGCAGGACCUUGCCCAUGCGGGCGCAAUUCUCGAUGACGCCGUCCCGGGCGAUGAUCCUCUGCAC